UGAGUGGAGAGAUCAGGGAGUGAGUGUGGAGAGUGCAUGACACAGACCGUCACCAUGAAGGGCCGAGACAGGGAAAGGUCUGCCGGGCUGAAGGCUGUCACUGAAGCAACAUGACGCCGUCACAGAACACGUUAGCGCUAGGCCUUCUCUUAACUCUCUGCAGCAAUGCCGUUCUGUUGAUGUUGUUGCUGCUGCAGCUGCGGUCAGGAGGGGAAAAUGGCAGCGGUUUCAGUGGAGGCUGUGGUGUUGUUGGCAGUGAGGGAGCCGGCUUCGCUAAGGAUGUUACCGUAAACAUUGUUCCAGGUGGUGAUCUUAGCGAAAGCCUUUCCAUUGACACGGGACAAGAAACAGGAGCGGAUUCUUUGGGACUAACAGCACAGUUCGAAGACCGACGGAAUUCCUACAAUGGGGGAGACACAUCAAAGUCUUUGUCUCGUGAACAUCCGGAGAAAGGAGACAGUUUUGCACAAGGGGCGAACACUUUCAGUUAUUCUCCUCAACUCGAAAACACGGAUGAAGAAAGCUUGCCAAAGUGGGCGUAUACAGGUACUUCCCCUCGUCAUCUGCCAGAUAAAAUUGCUCAUAUCUUCAAAGAAUAUGCAGAUACUGGAAAGUUUCCCAGAGAAGCGUACACAUCUAGCUCGCCUUUAUUGGCACGUCUUGUUUCUGGACACGUGAUGAAAACAACAUUGAGAAGUUUGUCAAAAGUAUCAGAACGUAUUACAAAGCUGUCCCAGUCUGUGAACCAGUUUGAUGAACCUCGAUACCGAUUUCGUCCACGCACAAGGCCUGAUGCCGACCAGACUGGGUUUCAAACUCACAACAUAGAGUCUAGGGUGAACACCAACGGGGAUUCGGAUUUGAAAAUUACUCACAAAAGCACAGGAAUGGAGACUGUAGCAGCUAAUAGUCAUCGAAAUAAGUACAAGCUCAAACAAUCGAGUAUUUCCAAAAGCCAAAACAGCACGAUUCACAGUCUUAAGCUCAGACGGAGAAGAGACAUAAAGGAAACAAAACCUGAUUCAGCGGAUGAAAGAAGCUACGAACAGAUUCUGGCAGACGCUAUACCACUGGAAGAAGUUUUCCCUACAUUAACGGAAUCUGAGCUUCAGAAAUUCUCGCCGCCGGUUUCGGAGAUUUUAGUGCCAGCCCUGAUUCAUUUUGAGGGCAUGAUGGUCAGACAAAUAGAGAUGCUUAAUGACGCGAUGGUAUCCCUGGAUCUUCGUUUGGAAACUUUGGAGAACUCGAAGCUGGACUGGUAUGAUUGGUUUUCAUGUCAAGCUUUUACAAAGUUAAGGUGCAGCGCUGAUAUGUUUUGUUGUCUUAUGAAGUUUGUGCCAAGUUUAUGCUCUCGACCUGUAUGUUUGGUUGUCUUACCAUUUUGUGCCUUGUACACUCAGACGGAAAUGUAACUUGGACAAAAGGAGAGUCACACUAUGUGGAUGAUUACAGUUUGUGCAGAACAUACCAUAACGCUGUAUAUCCAAAAUGGGACUUGAAAUGAAAUAAAAUGAAGAGAUGAAACUAAUGAAGUAAAAUGACGACAUGAAAUUAAUGGAAAUUUUAAUAUUGAAAG